GGAGUCAAAGAUGCUGCUGUUGCCUUCAGUGCGGUGAAGGAUCACAACCAUUGUGUAGUCCGCGGAUUCAGGUGGAUUGGCUUGGUUCAUUACUGCAUGCCUGAAGCCUAUGCCUACGGAAGACGGAGAAGUCUGCAGCAUUUCACCUUCAUGCUCUGUAAAUAUUCUAGAAGACCGCAGGAAUUCUGCCGCGAACACCGGGAUAAUUCUAACCAACCACGUUGUCUGUCUUUCGGGUGUUGAAGCGAAGAAUAAUGCACAGAGCAGUGGGACACUGAGGAAGAUGCGGCCUGCACCUGUUUCUGCUGGGCUCUGUGCCUAGCUAACUCCUGGAGACCAGACUGGACUGCUGCUGGAAGGACGCCAGGAUAUUUGGUUGAUAAGCAAAGGGAAGAGGAACUGAAAGCAUUGACAUUUUUUUGUUGGUUUGUCCUGUUUUUGACCUGUCGCCUUAAUCAGCUCUCUUCGACAAACUGCAGCAAUCCCCACUUACUUGAUUUUGUAAAUGUGCUAAUUCCUAGACUCCUAAACCGUUAUGUACUAGUUCUUCUCAUAAAGGUUAUGCACUAGUUUCUAGAUUCCUAGACAUAGCUUAUGCACUAGUUUCUAGAUUCCUAGACAUAGGUAUAUGCGCUAGUUCCUUGUUUCUUGAAGUGUCAUUUCCUAUAUUUCUAAAGGGAUUUUACCAUGUCACCAGAAAACGUCUAGUAGAGAGUUCUCUGGAUAUUAGUGACACAAUUCGCCAUUUUUGGAAUUGUAUUCCCUUUUUAUUCACUCAAUGGAGAGGCUAAGAAGAGAAUCAGGAUAGACAGCCAAAGCUAAAUAGAAGCAUUGGAAUCAUAUCAUUUCUGUACACCUUAGGGAAAACACGACACCGCAGACUGGAGAUCAUUUCCACCUCUCUCAGCGGCGGUGGAUUAAAAGCAGCGAGACCUAGUUGGAGGGAUUAGGGCCAGAAGUUAAAGAUGAUAAGCGGCAAGGGGAGAUUUGAGGGCCGGUCCGUGUGGGCCCUGGUAUCGACCGGCCUGAUGUUGGCAGUCUUGGCCGCAGCACUGGAGUAUGAGGGAGUCCCCGGCCAGUGGGCGCGUUAUGGUCGCUGGGAGGCCAAGGUCACAGGCGAGCUGAGCUUCACCCUGAAGACCAACAUCACCAAGGGCCUGGUGCUGUACCUGGAUGACGGCGGCAACUGCGACUUCCUGGAGCUCCUGAUCACAGACGGCCGGCUGCACCUACGCUUCACCAUCCACUGCGCCGAGCCAGCCUCCCUGCACACGGAGACCCGCGUCGAUGACCAGCGCUGGCACCGCGUGCUGCUCAGCCGCAACUACAGGGAAACCCGCCUGGCGGUGGACAACGAGGAGAAGGCGGCUGAGGUCAAGUCCAAGCGGGGUGAGAUGGUGGUGGCCAGUGACCUUUACGUGGGCGGCAUCUCGCCGGACGUUCGACUCUCCGCCCUCACGUCUAGCACCGUGAAAUACGAGCCACCCUUCCGGGGCCUGAUUGUCAACCUGAAGCUCGGGGACUCCCUCCCUGUACUGUUGGACGGCCAGAGCGUUCAGAACGAUUUGGAAUACCUGUGUACUAAACAGAACCCCUGCAACAACAGAGGGGUCUGCUCCAUUCAGCUUGGUGAGGUCCUUUGUGACUGUACCAACACUGGCUACAAGGGAUACUACUGCCACGAAGUUGUCCAGAAAGCAGCGGAAGCCAAAUCAUCCCAAUCUGCACAAGAGGAGUCGGUGGCCACCUACAAAGGCAGCGAGUUCUUCAGCUACGACCUGUCUCAGACGCCCAUCCAGAGCAGCCUGGACGAGAUCACCCUCUCCUUUCGCACGCUGCAAAGGAAUGGCCUCCUGCUCCACACGGGGAAGUCGGCCGACUACGUCAACCUAUCCCUGCGGGGUGGGGCCGUCUGGCUGGUCAUUAACCUGGGGUCUGGGGCCUUCGAGGCCCUGGCCGAGCCCGCCAAUGGCAAGUUCAACGACAACGCCUGGCACGAAGUCCGCGUGACCCGGAACCUACGGCAGGUGACUAUCUCUGUAGACGGGAUCCUGACCACCUCCGGGUACACCCAGGAGGACUACACCAUGCUGGGAUCAGACGACCUGUUCUACAUCGGCGGGAGUCCCAACACAGCGGACCUCCCCGGCUCCCCGGUCAGCAACAACUUCAUGGGCUGCCUCAAAGAUGUGGUCUACAAGAACAACGAGUUCAGACUGGAACUGUCUCGUCUGGCCGCCGAGAAGGACCCGCAGAUCACCGUUCACGGCGACCUGACCUUCAGCUGCGAGGACGUGGCGGCCCUGGAGCCAGUGACCUUCGACACGCCCGCCUCCUACCUCACCCUCCCCAGAUGGAACACCAAGAAGACGGGAUCCAUCUCCUUCGACUUCCGCACCACGGAGCCCGGCGGACUGCUUCUGUUCAGCCGGGGGGACGGGCGGCCGCGGGGCACCGACCGGCAGCCAGACAGACAGCCGCGGGCCGACUACUUUGCCAUGGAGCUCCUGGACGGUUUCCUGUACCUGCUGAUGGACAUGGGCUCAGGCAGCAUCAAGAUGAAGGCCAGCAACAAGCGGGUGAACGACGGGGAGUGGUGCCACGUGGACUUCCAGAGAGAGGGGCGCAACGGCUUCAUCUCCGUGAACAGCCGCAGUGCUCCGUUCUCCGCCAACGAGGGCAGCGAGGUCUUAGACCUGGACGGGGACAUGUACCUCGGGGGUCUACCCGAGGACCGGGAGGGACUCGUCCUCCCACCAGAGGUCUGGACAGCGCCACUCAACCUGGGCUAUGUGGGCUGUGUGCGGGACCUGUUCAUCGAUGGGCGAAGCCGCGACCUGAGGAGGCUGGCCGAGAUACAGAGCGCCUCCGGCGUCAGCAGUUUCUGUACCAGGGAAACGCACAUCCGCUGUGGGAGGGACAUCUGUGCCAAUGGCGGCCAGUGCCGGGAGGGCUGGAACCGCCACGUGUGUGACUGCACCAGCACAGGCUACCUGGGCCCCAGCUGUGAGAACGAGGCCACGGUGCUGAGCUACGACGGCAGCAUGUACCUAAAGGUGACCCUGCCCGUGAGCAUGCACACGGAGGCCGAGGACGUGGCGCUGCGCUUCAUGUCCCAGAGGGCUUUCGGGCUGCUCGUGGCCACCACCUCCCAGGAAUCAGCGGACACCCUGCGCCUGGAGCUGGACGGCGGCCGGGUCAAACUCACGGUCAACCUGGAUUGUAUCAGGAUAGACUGUAAUCUCAGUAAAGGCCCAGAGAUGCUGUUAGCAGGACAGAAGCUGAAUGACAAUGAGUGGCACUCAGUGAAGGUGGUGCGUCGUGGGAAAAACCUGCAGCUGUCUGUGGACAAUGUGACUGUGGAAGGCCACAUGACUGGUGCCCACACUCGGCUGGAGUUCCACAACAUCGAGACCGGCAUCAUGACAGAGCGCCGUUUCAUCUCCGUGGUGCCAUCCAACUUCAUCGGGCACCUGCAGGCCCUCUCGUUCAACGGCAUACCUUACCUAGAUCAGUGUAAGAACGGAGACAUCUCCUACUGCGAGCUCAAUGCCCGCUUCGGCAUGCGCCGCAUCGUGGCCGACCCCGUGAUCUUCCACAGCCGGGCUAGCUACUUGGCCUUCUCAACCCUGCAGGCCUACACCUCCAUGCACCUCUUCUUCCAGUUCAAGACCACCAGCCCAGACGGCCUCCUGCUCUUCAACUCUGGAGACGGCAGUGACUUCAUCGUGGUGGAGCUCGUCAAAGGGUACAUCCACUAUGUCUUUGACCUGGGCAACGGGCCAUCACUGAUGAAGGGCAACUCUGAGAAACCGCUCAAUGACAACCAGUGGCACAACGUGGUGGUCUCCCGGGACGAAAACAACGUGCACAUCCUCAAAAUCGACACCCGCACCGUCACCCAGCACUCCAACGGAGCGCGUAACCUGGACCUAAAAGGGGAGCUGUAUGUCGGCGGUGUUGGGAGGAGCAUGUACAGCAGCCUGCCCAAGCUGAUCGCCUCCCGGGACGGGUACCAGGGCUGCCUGGCCUCUGUGGACCUGAACGGGAGACUCCCGGACCUGAUGGCGGACGCCCUCCACAGGGUGGGCCAGGUGGAGCGCGGCUGUGGAGGCCCGAGCACGACCUGUACAGAGGACUCGUGCCAUCACCAGGGGGUGUGUCUUCAGCAGUGGGAGGGCUUCUCCUGUGACUGUACCAUGACCACCUACGGAGGAGCGUUCUGCAGCGAUCCUGGGACCACGUAUAUCUUCGGGAAAGGAGGGGCCCUCAUCACGUACACCUGGGCCCCGAACGAGCGACCCAGCACCAGAGCCGACCGCCUGGCUGUUGGCUUCAGCACUCAGCUGAAAGACGCCAUCUUGGUCCGAGUGGAGAGCACCAGCGGACUAGGAGACUACCUUCAGCUGCAUAUAGAACUAGGAAAGAUCGGCGUGAUCUUCAACGUGGGGACGGAUGACAUUACCAUUGACGAGCCGGCUGUUAUAGUUAGCGAUGGCAAGUACCAUGUUGUGCGCUUCACACGCAGUGGUGGCAACGCCACACUCCAGGUGGACAACCAGCCUGUCAUCGAGCGCUACCCGCCAGGGAACUUUGAUAAUGAGCGCCUGGCUAUUGCUAGACAAAGAAUCCCAUACAGACUCGGUCGGGUAGUUGACGAGUGGCUACUCGACAAAGGACGACAGCUGACCAUCUUCAACAGCCAGGCGGCGAUAAAGAUCGGGGGUCAGGACAAGGGUCGUCCGUUCCAGGGUCAGAUCUCCGGGCUGUACUACAACGGGCUGCAGGUGCUGAAGCUGGCGGCGGAGAGUGACCCCAGUGUGCAGGCCGAGGGCAACCUGAGACUGGUGGGAGACUCCCUGUCGGUGUUGGUCACUGAGACCACGUCCACAACACCGCUGGCCGCCUCCGACAUGUCCACCACCAUCAUGGAGACCACCACCACCAUGGCCACUACCACCACCCGCAGACAACGCUCGCCCAGCAUGAGGGAAAGCAUCUCCCAGUCCCAGAACUCGGACGACAUCUUGGUGGCUUCCGCCGAGUGUCCCAGCGACGACGAGGACCUGGAUGAGUGUGAGCCAGGAACAGGAGGUGAAUUAGUGUUGCCUAUAAUAACAGUGGAUUCCCUUGAGCCCCCAUCCAUCGCCACCCGUUUCCCUCCUCUCCCCGCUCCUCCUCCUACCUCCCUGUCCCCCCUCGAGACUACCAAAGAGACCCUGAUGCUGUCCAACCCUCACCCCUCCUGCCCCCCGGACCAGGAGGACUGCGGUGACCCCGUGGAGGUCUCGGCCUUCGGUUCGGGGGAGAUGACGGAAUCCGAUGACGAGGACUUUUACAAAAACUCCCCCCUGGUCACCGACAGGACAGUCCUGCCUCCUCCGCCCCCCGCAGCCGGCGAGGGCGGGGCCCAGAAACCCCCUAAAUCCCGCCCCCCCCUUGCUCCCACCACCAACCCUGACCAGCUCCACAUCCCUGCGGGUAAAAUGAACACGCGCGACCAGGUGCUUCUGCCCCCCGCCCCUCCGUCCUCGCGGAAUACGCCAGGACUAACGUACCCCCCCAAUUUCCCCCAUGUGCCCACAGCGGACCCUACGGCCCCUGGUGAGAAGGUAAUGCACCCCGGCCUGGUGGAUAGGAUCGGGGAGUCCAGUAGCACCACAGGAAUGGUGGUGGGCAUCGUGGCGGCCGCCGCCCUCUGCAUACUCAUCCUCCUCUACGCCAUGUACAAGUACCGCAACCGCGACGAGGGCACCUACCAGACGGACCAGGGACACAACUUCAUCAACAACCCGGUCGCCGAGGGCAACGGGGCCAUGGUAAAACUAGAGAAGACGCCGAGCACGCCGACGGGCGCAGUGGCCAAGACCGUCACCAAGGGCAAGAAGAACAAAGACAAAGAGUAUUAUGUCUAAGGGAGAGCAAAGGCUGGAGAGCAUGAGAGAGAUAGGCUCAAGGCAGACCUUCCCUUCCAAUCUAUCCCCUAGAUAAGUAUCUCAAAUGUAUAGCAUUAUUGUUACAUUUGCACCCCGACAGAAAAAAAGUUUCAACAAAAAAAAACAAAGACAAUUGCCAACAUUAUUCCCACGACUCCCGGUAAAUUAUCCAUUCAGAAUUCAACAUAUCAAAUACUGAUAUUGGUUUACCUACCAUUCACACAGGAUCAGAACCAUAUUCAUGUAAGUGUAUAUAGCAGCCCUAUCUACCAACUGUUCGGCUGUGGUUCACAGUGACAUUAAGGGUGUCAGUGUAACAGUGUACGCCCAAAGAUGAUUUUGGUGAAGUGCGGAACGACGUCGUAGAGUUUACUCGAUUAAACGACAACCAUACCCGUUGGAGAUUAGGUGACCUUCCGAUACACAGACUAGCCCAUUUUGUGUUUUCCCGAAUUAAACGCCUUUCCGCUGUCUAUCUCUCUGGUUGCUCAUGGUGCUAGGUUGCUGGUCGGAUAUUAUUGAACCAUGUAUUAAGCAUGACGUAUUUCUUUCCUUAUGGAAAAUACAGGUUUUCAAAGGGAAUACACAGUUCACAGUCCAAUUCAGCCUACAAACCUCUAGUUGGAUGAAUUAGAUGAGCUGGAUUCUCUCAUCUCUGUACAAGGAGAGAUCUGCACAAUCUACAGUGUUUCAUUCCAUCCGGGAAGAAGUUCCUCAAGCUUCUCAAAUCUUGAAAAAAGCUAAAGGCUACUGUAGCAAAGAUAUUGCUCUGUAAACAUAUUUGUAUAUGUAUAGACGUUUAUGGGAUAAAAAAAAGAAUGGCUUCUGCGUUUGUUCCCUGGAGUGGAACAGACAUGGAAAAGACAUUUAUUGUGAGAUGUCUUGCCCCAACAAUUAGCACUGUCUUCACUCCGGCCAGAUCCCCUUUGCGGAGAAGUAGACAGUGGAUAUGAAAAGGGAGCUUCAGGACACAGAGUCACUUUUUAAGAACUUUUUGGUGGUCCCUGAGGAAAGGAGGGACAGGCCUAACCUUCAAAAUGGACACACAAAAAGAACUGGAAAGGCAAAAACAGUAGAAGAAAAUCUCUUAGAGAGACAAACUGUGUUUCCUUUGAAAGCAAACCGAACAUGCAUUCUGGUUUUUCUACCCGUGACUAAAAGACUAUUGUCAGAUGAGUAUUGAAGGGUUGUGAAUUGUAUAGCUAUUUCUCAGAUAUUUAGGUGUUUUACUUGUUGCCAUUCCUACGGUUCGUUUUUUUAUGUUGCCAAAUAAAAAAAAAAGAAGCAUUUUGUCUAUGAUUAGACAUCAUUGUCUUAUUUCAUUUUUUUCAUUUUAUGUCAACAUUGUCAUUAUUACAUUUUUUCUUUGUUUUCAUUAAGGACAAGGUUAGUUAUUGUAUGUAAUCAUAUCAAUAUGAAACACAAAAAAGACAUGCACUCUAUUUUGGGUGGGGGGCAUUUCUGUUUCGUUUGCCUUUUCAUUCAGCAUUUUCUGUACAAUGACAGACAUGACUCUCUUCACAUCGCCAUUCUCUCAGUUGUAUUACGUUGACAUUUUGUCUGUGAUUUCCUUCCAUCGUUUUUUUUUAUGAAGUGCCAUUUAACAUAGACUGCUCAGAGUAUAUCCCUGUCCUCACUCAAUGAUAUUGUAAAGUGUUCCUGUGAAAUCAAUCUUAAUUAUGUGUACAGUACAUUGACAGAGGGGAAAUACACUUGGUAAUAUACUUCGUACCCUCCCGA